AUGCCCGUUCCUAAUGGAGAAGAGCAGGUUCUGUUGGCUUCAGAAAAUGCAAGCGAGGUCUCGAAGUCACCCUCGUUGGAUUUGAGCCCAGAUUCAGAUUCAGUUGAUGGGUCCCCCCCUGUUUCCACCGUUUACACUGAUGUGGGUGUCGUGCCAGAACACCAAAAGAACGAGCUUGAGCACCUUAUAUCCAAUUUAGAAAGAGAAAUUGAGGAGCUGAGGUUGAAGCAGAAGAAACUGGAUAAAAAGCGGAGAGAAGCAUUGAGCAAGAUAUUGGACAUCAAAGGGAGCAUUCGGGUUUUUUGUAGAAUUCGACCAAAUCUGGUAACGGAGAAGAGAAGAAUUUCUGAACCGGUAUCAGCUGGACCAGAGAAAAUUCGGGUUAAGUUGGGGGGAACAAGGAAAGAUUUUGAGUUUGAUGAAGUUUUUACUCAAGAAACAAGCCAAGAAAGUGUUUUUGUUGAGGUUGAGCCAAUUCUAAGAUCUGCAAUGGACGGGCACAAUGUGUGUGUGUUUGCUUACGGUCAAACAGGCACAGGCAAGACAUUCACCAUGGAUGGUACAAACGAGCAGCCUGGAAUUAUUCCGCGUGCCCUUGAAGAGCUCUUUCAUCAAGCCUCUUUGGAUACCUCAUCUUCUUUUACCUUUUCAAUGAGCAUGUUAGAAGUUUAUAUGGGCAAUCUCAGGGAUUUGCUAGCUCCAAGACAGUAUGGAAGACCACAUGAACAACCUAUGACAAAGUGCAAUCUCAACAUCCAAACAGAUCCAAAGGGGUUGAUUGAAAUUGAGGGUCUUCUGAAGUCACACUGCUUAACGAGGAUAAGCAUAUUUCGACGUGGGGAUGCUUCGGAAGCCAAAAGUGAAGUAAGUAAAUUGUGGAUGGUUGAUCUCGGAGGUAGCGAACGGUUGCUUAAAACUGGAGCCAAAGGACUAACAUUGGACGAGGGCAGAGCCAUUAAUCUUUCUCUUUCAGCUUUAGCUGAUGUUGUUGCAGCUUUGAAGAGGAAGAGGUGUCAUGUGCCAUACAGGAAUAGCAAGCUGACUCAGUUACUGAAAGAUUCUCUUGGGUAUGGCUCAAAGGUGUUGAUGCUCGUGCACAUAAGCCCUUCUGAAGAAGAUGUCUGUGAGACAAUAUGUUCCUUGAACUUUGCAAAGAGAGCGAGAGCAAUAGAGUCCAACAAAGAAGUGCCUGUGGAAGUGAAGAAGCAAAGGGAGAAGAAGAUUAUGGAGCUAGAGGAAGACAUCAAGGAAGCUGAAAAACAACGCCAGAAUUUAAGGGUAGAAACACAGAAGAUUGAGUUGAAGCUAAAUGAUAGUAAAAAGCUUUUAUCAACCUCAUAUAGUCUUGUGGAAAGUGAUGACAUGACAACCUCAAUUAGCCCCAACGAUGAUGUGAAAGAGGUGAUUGAAACCCCUAAAGCAUCUAAGGAGUCCAUUAAAAGAAAUUUCUCCAACUCAAUGCCUCGAUUCAUGACUUCAACCGUUGCAAGUCGCCAAAGGCAAUGUGCUGCAGAGCGAGACAUUGACACUGUGAAAUUGAAAAGUUAUAGAUCAGUCUCUAAAAGUUCCAUCCAUUUUUCAUAUUCCCAAUCAUUAAGUUAUUCAGAUAUCCGCAUCAAAGCGAUACUGCGAAGUUCAAAUGGAAAAUCUCGGCAUGCUGAAACAGAUAGUAUUCCAAUUCCAAACCCCGUUCUCACAGAAAGGCCUAAAUGCAAUGAUUUGGAAUCAAAAGUCACUACCCCGCGAAGCAGGAUGGUUACAUCUUCAGACCAAAACUUGAGAGUUUCACUGGGUCGUCAUAGAAGAAGGAUGUCUGAUCUGAUCUAA